AUGACCGACGGAAAGGAGCAUUUGUCCAUCGUGAUCUGCGGUCACGUCGAUUCCGGUAAGUCGACCACCACUGGUCACUUGCUCUUCGAGUUGGGUGGUAUUCCGGAGCGUGAAUUGGAGAAGCUGAAAGCCGAGGCUGACCGUUUGGGAAAGUCUUCCUUUGCUUUCGCUUUCUACAUGGACCGCCAGAAGGAAGAGCGCGAGCGUGGUGUCACCAUCUCCGUCACCACCAAGGAAUUCUUCACGGAAAAGUGGCACUACACCAUCAUCGACGCCCCGGGUCACCGCGAUUUCAUCAAGAACAUGAUUACCGGCGCCUCCCAGGCCGAUGUCGCUAUGAUCAUGGUUCCGGCUGAUGGUAUGUAUGUUUGAUGUUUCGCGCACAUUUCUCAGGCAGAAGAAAACAAAUAUCUCCUUGAGUUUCGCAUGGGAACAAAUUCAUCGUCAACGCACAUGGUUCAACAGGUAACUUCACCACCGCUAUCCAGCGUGGUAACCACAAGGCUGGUGAGAUUCAGGGCCAGACCCGUCAGCACUCCCGUUUGAUCAACUUGUUGGGCGUCAAGCAGAUCAUCAUUGGUAUCAACAAGAUGGACUGCGACACCGCUGGUUACAAGCAGGCCCGCUAUGACGAAAUUGCCAACGAAAUGCGUAACAUGUUGGGCAAGGUCGGUUGGAAGAAGGACUUCGUCGAGAGCGGCGUUCCGUUCAUGCCGAUCUCCGGUUGGUGUGGUGACAACUUGGUGAAGAAGACCACCAACAUGGCCUGGUGGAAGGGUGCCGACGUCAAGGUCGGAUCUGAAACCAUUCACGUCGACACCUUGUACGACUGCUUGAACAACAUGUGCCGCGUCCCGGAACGUCCGAUCGAUGCUCCGAUGCGCCUUCCGAUCUCCGGUAUCUACAAGAUUAAGGGUGUCGGUGAUGUGCUCGCGGGACGCGUGGAGCAGGGUAUCGUCAAGCCGAACGAGGAAGUCAUCUUCUUGCCGACCCACACCGCCGCCAACGCGUGCGCCGGAAAGGUGUUCCAGAUCGAGAUGCACCACAAGGCUGUGCCGGAGGCCAAGCCGGGUGACAACGUUGGUAUGAACGUGAAGAACUUGGACAAGCAGAACAUGCCGCGUGGUGGUGAUGUCAUGAUCUACAAGAAGGACACCACUCUCUCCGCCGUCAAGGCCUUCGACGCUCAGAUCCAGGUGCUGCUGGAAACGUUUGUCUCAUAUGCUUCAUUUGUACAUAUGGGGAACCCUGUCUUGAUGAUGAUAUAUUUUGAUUAAAAGCAUCCACGUCAAUGAGAUUACAGACGAGUAUAAACAAAUUUGAAUAACAGGUGUUGGACAUCCCGAAUGAGAUCAAGGUCGGCUACUCCCCUAUCGGUUUCGUCCGCUGCGGUCGCGCCGCCUGCCGUAUCUCCGCUUUGAAGUGGAAGAUGGGCAAGGAGACCGGUGGUAAGAAGAUGGAGGAGCCGCACUCCCUGAAGUCCAACGAAAUGGCACAGGUCACCUUCGAGCCGCAGCAGCCGCUGGUUGCCGACUCCUUCAAGAACUGCGAGGGUCUGUCCCGCGUCGCGUUUAUGGAUGGCAACGGUGUGGUCAUGUUGGGAAAGGUGGUUUCCGUGGAGGCGAAGGUCUUCGAGGCCAAGAAGAAGUAAGUAAUUGGGCACGUCGUGCAGGAACAACCGAAUUAUAACGAACUUACUACGUGGACGUGGUGCUCGUGUUCGGAGCAUUACCCUCUCCGCCGCCGAAUCAAACUGGACUUGUUCCCAUGAGUCCCGGGCUUUCGGUGAAGGAGCCACGUGAUGAAAAGAUAAAUUCCGAGAAUCCGAAGAUGACAGAACUGUCACACUGCUUUAUUUCUGUUCCAUGGAACAAGUAACCGAGGAAUUAUGAUGUUCUAUGUCUGGGUCCGGCGGACGCGGCUAUAGAACACGUGCUGACAGAUUGAUUUUCUUGAUUAUGAUUAAGAGACUGAGACACUUCGAGAAUCAGAUAUUCGCUGGACGAGCCUCUGCAACGCGGAAAAGUCGCAGUGCACUGUAGGGAAAUUACGUAGUGUUCACUGUUGGACGUCACGAAUGCACCAAAAGUGUCAUUUUCACAACUUUAGCGUAAACAAUCAGAUCUGCUUCUGAAAGUUAAGGUUAGAGUCCAUGAGUUCGCAUCUGCCAGUUUGGAGCCGCGGUUUAGUGAACCGGUUUCGUGAUGUUCUUUGCUAAAGUGUGUCUUUUUCUGUACAUCACCUGAGAGGCAGGUGCUCUGUCGCCGUGUGCAUUAAGUUGUAUGUAAGUACUAACCCGUCCCUCGCGUCGACAGGAGAUAUUUCAACAAUCCAGGUACGGAGCAAGAAGGAGCGAACAACCCCAAUUGGAAGCGAAAAGCACG